AGUUUGUACAAUCUAUUUCGGUUGCUGUGGUUACCAGCUAAAUCCGGAAGUGGUCUGAGCAGCAGAAACAUUUCUAGAAACAUGGCUGUGCAAAGCUGGGUUGAUAUCUUAAAAUUAUCAAAGAAAACCGCUUUGAUACACGAUGGAAAAAGGAAGAUUCACUACCUCUUUACAGAUGGAAAAGAAAUGGCCGAAGAGUAUGACUUGAAAACAGAUGAGCUCAUUGUUCGAAAGUGGCGACAUAAAAGUGCACUUGGAGCUCAGGGCCAAUGGCAGGUAGAGGUUGGGGAGCCGCUUGUGGUGCCUGGCCAUUCUGUGGAUUCGGAGGUGAUCAAGGAGAACUGCUCCAAUCCUGUGUUCACACGUAAAGACACAAAGACCAGCUUUCAGUGGAGGAUCCGGAACCUUCCCUACCCCAAAGAUGUCUUCAGUGUUACUGUGGAGGCUUCUGAGAGAUGCAUCAUUGUAAAAACCUCAAACAAGAAGUAUUAUAAGAAGUUCAGCAUUGUUGAUUUGGAUCGCAGUCAGCUGCCCUUGGACAGCUCCGCCCUCAGUUUCUCUCAUGUCAACAACACUUUAAUUGUCAGCUACAAGAAACCCAAGGAAAUCUUAACCCUUGAACAGGAGCUACUGAAGGAGCUGAAGAAACUGAAGGGGACCAGUGAAGGGGAUGUCGACUGCAAAACUCAGUGAAUUCUGAGUGUGGGAGCAAGAGAAACAUUCUGUGUUGCAUUUAAAGCAUUUAAAGCUACGUCAUCUUCAGUUCACAUGUGCGCUUGUGUAUUUUCUGUAGUGGAUCCGUGUAUUAAGAAGACCUUUGCACAGUGCCUUAUCAAUGGUUUAAUGCUUCUAACUGUGUUAAUUAAUUGGGGCUCUAUUAGAGCUGUUAGUGUUGAAGUUUCUUCUUCCAUUCGUAUUUGAUACAGACAUAUUCAGUAAAAACUGUUUUUCAACCAGAUAAACUAAGUUUGUAACGGAGACUUGAGCGUUUCCCAAAUUAUUUGAUAGAACAACAGUUUAACAAUUUACAGAAGUUAUUUGUUGGGACAUUUAAAAUUCUAUCACAUCUGUCUAUUUUUGCAGAUCUACUGGGGAGCAAUUUUGUUUGGGGGGUCACAUAACCUACCACCCUCCUUGCAUUGAUGUCCUUGUAAAACACUCAAAACGCACAAUGCCUCAUCCCUGUUCGUUCCGGGGUCACUGUUACAAGCACAUCCCAUUUGUGUUAACUGAAUACCCUCAUGUUCCUUGCAUGUAGUGGGCCACCCUGAAAGCCAUUACUGAAACUCAGGUCUGUGAGCAAGCUAGUGUUACUGUUUUCCUCUACAACAGAGUGUCACUUUGACCCUGUGCUGUCCAGCUAAAAUUCCAUAGACACAAGUGAGAAACAGAUGCCUCUGUUUCAGAGAUUUGUUUUAAAUGGAUUUCAUAUUACUGUCUAAAAGGACAAACACAAAGAUCAUAUGUAACACUCUUGGAUUUUUGAUAUCAAUGUGUGCAUGGCAUUUACAGAACAAAAAGGAUUAUAUUGAUCCAUGCUUCCAAAUAGGAUAUUUGUCUACUUUUAUACCAAGUUCAAUUAAGUAAAAUCACUGUCCCGUCAGAAACACUUAGACAUGUAUAAAAAAGGAUCAGUGCUGUUUAAAAGAGACAAUGGCAUUUAAAUAUAGAUUGUUUCAACCUUG